UUCCGGGCAAGGCGUUGCAAACUAACUUUGAUGUGAAAUACACGAUUUCUUAGCAUAAGAUGGGCCACGGAAACAGCAAAGCAUACACAGAAGCCAUCAAGAAGCUCAGCUCUCUCGAGUUAAACAAUAUCGUAGGGGUUUUCAAUGAGUUAUCGACUGAAAAUCAGGACGGAAUACGGGCAAUCCCGGAGCCAAAUAUGGCGACCAGACGUGUUUUUGCAGAGCGAUUUUCAUUGCCCGGCUUGAUAGGAGAGCGACUCUUUCAUGCAUUUGACAGAGAUAAUAAUGGCACUAUAAACCUGGAAGAAUUUGUCGGCGGUGUAGCAUUGUGUUUGCAUGGCUCAGCUCAGGCAAAAUGUGAACUCCUAUUCAAGGUUUUCAACUUCAGCGAUGAUGAAGAUGCUGUUACUGAGGAUGAAUUAAAAACUAUUUUGCUGAGCUCUUUACAAUCAGCAAACACAAUAUUAGACAGCGUAGGUGAUUCAACGAGCAAGGAAACAAAUAGCAGUGAAAAACCUUUGAUUGAAACUGUCACAGAAAUCGUCCAAGAUGCCUUUAAGACUUGCGACAAGUCAAAGAACGGCAAACUCUCUGCGAAAGAAUUUAGUUCAUGGCUUCAUAAAAACCCACAUAUUAUGGAUAACGUGUUUGGAUGGCAAUGUCCUAAGCCAGAACUGGGUACCUGGGCGAAUGAAGGUGAGCAAAAAGGUUCAAAGAGUUUGCAAGAUUUGUUCGGUGGUCAGGUUGGACAAAAUCUAUCGGGAGAAAGCUUUUUCGACUCUUUGGGAAGCGCAGCAGGAAAUGUCGGGGAGAGCAAGGGGGGGAGGAAAUCCGAAAGCACCUCGCCUGUGUCGGUUUCACCAAUCCACCAAAGCAAAUCUAGUAGCGUUUCUAGUGAAACUGAGACUGCUGUUCACCACGAAAGUGGAUCAAUAUCGGACCAAACACAUUUUGUACCACCAUCCCCGGUAAAAAGCAAACCCCGGCUUUCUGAAGUCAAAGAAGAAGAGCCGUUUGUUGAGAGCUAUGACCAGUACAGCGCAUUGUGGGUACCAACAACUGAAGCAAAUUCUUUCCUCGAAGCAAUCAAGAAUAGCACCUUGAAGCCAGAGAACGCCAAGCCACCUGAAGCCAGCGUUCCACAUAUUCAAUUCGAUACACCACAGAUUGACCCUGUAAAUGAGCUGAUUUCAAAAUAUAUCGGUGACCAAAAUGAAAAAGCACCCUUGAGAUCUGUCUUGACUGAAGACAUGGUGACAUGUGACACAGCUGGUUUGAAACAACUGCUAAGGGCGGAAUGUUGGCGUUCUGCUCUUAACCUUACCACAAAACUGUUGGGUAACAACGCUGGACAUGACACAGCAGACCAGCAUUCGUCUAAUAACUUUGAGAUUUGGUUCUGCAGGAUAGCACUCAUGGUUCAACUUAAGAUGCAUACAGCAGCAGACAUUGAACUUGAGGCUUUCGGUAAUCUUGAUGCAGCUGUGUUAUAUUACGAAUUCUAUCCAGAUUUAUAUCCAGACAGGCAAGGCACAAUGGUGCCUUUCUGUUUCCGUCUUCUGGCUGCGAUGCUACCUCAACAUGUUGACAGACCAAAAGAGGCGUUGGACAAGUUGUUUUAUGUCCACAGCAUCUGUUUGCAAGUUUUGCGAAAUCUGACAGCAGAGCUUGGUGCUGAUAAAGAAAAUUUGGAAGCACUUCAGAAAGGAAUAAAAUUGUGGAAGGAAAGAUUAAUAAAGGUGUUAUAUUGCAUUGGAAAUACUUUUUUAUCCGUAAAAGAGUAUGGUUUGGCAAUAGCUGUGUUCAAGCAGAUUUCAAAACGGGAUCCUGAGAACACAAGAGCAUUGAUGUCUGGCAUUGGUAGAAUUAGUUUACAGUCUGGUGAUAUCGAAAGUGCACAGCAAUACUUUAAACUGGUUGAAGAGAUGGAAUCACAAGAUGAUUCUACCCAAUCUGAUGUCUUGAUCAACAGGGGACUUCUUGCAUUAACACUUGAUGCCUACGAGGAAGCCUACAAGCAUUUUUCCGCAGCUAGAAAAAUCGAUUCAGAAAAUGCUGUUGCAGUCAACAACGCCGCAGUAAGUUUGCUGUUUCAAGGAAGGCUAAAGGAAGCGUUGAGUCUGGUUGAAGAUAUUGUUUUUGCAAAUCCUGAGAAGAACCUGCAUUCUGGUAUUCUCUUCAACAUUUGUACGAUGUAUGAACUGGAAACAUCACGGCAUAUAGAAAAGAAAAAGGUCCUGCUUGAGCUUAUUUCACAGCACUGUGGUGAUGGAUUCAAUGUGUCUUGUUUGAAAUUUCCUUAAAUUAGUUUUUUUUUUGUUAAUUUUUUUGGACAAAUUUGAGUCUGAAUAGUAUACGCAUCAGCUGGCUUGGUAUAAUGAGCUAGAGUUUUGCUGAUGGCAAAAAAAUUUACUUUUCCUAUCUGAUGCAAAUUCUUGAAUAACUCUUAGAAUUUUAUUGAUGUAAGAAAAUGGAUCUUAGAAAAUAUAAGU